GGUUUUCGUUGUCUUAGCGAACAUUUAGUGUGUAUUUUGUUAGGGGUAAAGCAAGGCGCGGCCGAUAUUAUGUUCACGUUUUUAACUUUACGUUUACAGGCAAAAUAAACGAUUAGUUGCUGCAUAUUUUCUUUUGAGCGUUGUUCACGCAUUGUGAUCAAAAAGCUGCCUGUUGCUUUAUUUCCCGUAAAAAUAUAACGAAGUAAAAAUGUCGGCCAACGAUAUUUACUACUCGGACAAAUACUUUGAUGACAGAUACGAAUACAGACACGUCAUGUUGCCAAGAGAACUGAGCAAAUUGGUCCCCAAAUCUCACCUGAUGUCGGAAGCUGAAUGGAGAAGCUUGGGCGUUCAACAAAGCCAGGGGUGGAUCCAUUAUAUGAAACAUGAACCUGAACCUCACAUACUCCUUUUUCGACGUGAAGUGCCGAAUCAAAUCUGCUCAAAAUCAUAACAAACUUCCAACCCUAUUCAUAUUGUACUACUGAAGAUGUCCCUACAAAUAAGCAAGAUUAAGUACAACUUACCAAAAAACUGUCAUAUUAUCAGUUAUAAAAUGGUAUAUUUACAGCAGACCUUUUCCUAAUCUUCUGUAUUGGUAUGUAUAUACAGCUUUCUGUGAUUGUAAUUUUGCAUCUAACUUUCAAACCAGUUAAACAAUCAUCUCCCAAUAAGUUCUUCUCUUCACAUUCAUUGCCUUUCUUGGAAAUCUAGGAUUCAACGCUUUCUUUUGUACAAAGUAUUUCUGGCGUCAGUAAACUUUUUCAUUUCAAAAUAA